AUGGCGUUCUCGAAGUCGAGCGGCGCCGUGCCGCUGGGCGCAACAGGAGGCUCAAACUAUCCUCUGCCAUUGACAUACCUUGUGCUGGGCACAUCCAUGCUUUUCUCGGCCAUCAGUACGGGCUUGCUUGGGUACUUCACAUACUACCUGAAUAUGGACUCCAUGUCAGUGCCUUGGGAGUUCAUCAUUCUUCUCACCACAUCGUCACUCACACUACUCACCCAUAUCACCGAGAUCUUCGCCCACACGCGCCGAGCAAGGCAAUUUUCUGGCCCUCGACGACAUCUGCUCAUCCAUAGCGUACUCCUUGGACUCUGGAUUAUCGGCAUUGCCCUCCUCGGCAACAAGAUCGGCCCCAUGGUCUUGUCCCGCUCGUGCGGCAUGUCAACAUGGCUCACUACCACGGGACUCAUGGUCUGCCGCAUCUACAAAGCCCUCUUCGCCUUCAUCGUCCUCUCUGCCGGUAGCGUCCUUGCCGCAGCCGCCCUCGACCUCAAAGUAUGGCUCGGUUCCGGCGGCAGCAAACGCAACGUGAACCCUUACCGCGAGAUUGGCGGCGAGAAGCAGCGCAGUGCUGGUGGUCUUGCUUCACGCUUCGGCCUCAAGGAGCGGGCGAAGACGUGGAGAGAGCGCGGUGGCUUUGAAGGCGACAUGGCUACUUCGAGCACAGCUACUGGUGCGCCUGGGUUGCAUGCUCAAGGAGUGGUCGGACGAGGAAUCGCUACUUUGAAGGAGCCACAACCAAGUCCAGGAUUCAGUGAUGCUGGAGACAUGGGAGAUUCGCAGCGGCUGGUGGCUGAGAGUCCAGAGAUGGUACGUGGCUCAUCACCUUGA